GCAGGCUCUGCACAGCUCUUUUACCGGUGAAAGAUUGGUCGGACAGCGCGGGUGCCAUUUGGCGCAGAUUUGAGCUACAUCCGUUAACAAAGGGCGUCCAGUUAUUUAUUUAUCGUGGUAUUUGUGCUUUUUAUUUGAUACAUCUCGCCGUCAAACAUUCACAAUGAGCUCAAUUAACGUUAAAAAGCUGAAAGUGAACGAGCUGAAGGACGAGCUGAAAAAGCGUAAUCUCUCGGACAAGGGGCUGAAGGCCGAGCUGAUGGACCGCCUGCAGGCCGCGCUGGACGAGGAGGCCCUCGCCUCCCCGCUGGACCAAGAGGCUGCGGCGGACGCGGACGAGGGCUUCGGCCAGGCCGCCGAUCAAGAAGGUAUGGGAGAGGAAGAAGAGGGCGAUGGCCCGAUAGAAGAAAGCAUGGAGGCCAACGAGGAGGAGGAGGAGGAAGAAGAAGAAGAAGAGCCGGAAAAUGGGGGCAACGGCGACGGUGAUGCCGUUGCCGAGGACGAAGAGAUGGGUGAGGGGGAAGAGGACGGGGACGGGGACGGGGACGGUGAAGAGGACGACGAAAUGGAUCCCAUGCUGAAGGGAGAUGUGGACGACAUGGAGAAAAUCGAGGCAGAGGACGGUGAGCCCGGGGACCAGGCUACUGAGGGGGAUGCGGACAAAGACACGAAUGCUGAUCAGAAGAAUAAGAAGGGUGUUAAGAGACGCCGGGAGGAACAUGGAAGGGGCUACUUUGAAUUUAUUGAAGAGAACAAAUACAGCUGGGCCUCAUUUAAGUCUCCUGUGCCCCCUCUGGAGGAAGAAGAUGAGGAGUUUGAUGACACAAAAGUCUGCCUGGAUGCCUACAACUGCGACCUGCACUUUAAGGUGUCACGGGACCGUUACAGUGCCUCGUCUCUCACAAUGGAGAGUUUUGCUUACCUGUGGUCCGGAGGCAAGGCCACCUACGGUGUGAACAAAGGCAAAGCCUGCUUUGAGAUGAAGAUUACAGAGAAAAUUCCUGUGAAGCACAUUUCCAGCAAGAACAUGGAGAUUCAUGAUGUGCAAGUCGGCUGGUCCCUGUCUACUGGCACCCUGCUCCUUGGUGAGGAGGAACAUUCUUAUGCAUACUCUGGAAAAGGCAAAAAGACUACCAACUGCGUGACUGAGGACUUUGGAGAAACCUAUGAGGAGAAUGAUGUCAUCUGCUGCCUUAUUGACUUUGAGGGCGAGGAGGUGGUGUUGUCCUUCUCCAAGAAUGGCGGGGAGCCGGCCAUCGCUUUCCAGGUCAGCAAGGACUCUCUGAACAGCCAGGCCCUCUUCCCCCACAUCAUCUGCCACAAUUGUGCUGUGGAGUUCAACUUCGGCCAGAUGGAGACUCCGUACUUCCCUCAGCCCCAGGGCUACACCUUCCUGCAGCAGAUCCCCGUGAGUGACAGAGUCCGGGGGCUCAAGGGGCCACAGACAAAGGCUGACUGCGAGAUCAUAGUGAUGGUUGGCCUGCCUGGCUCAGGGAAGACUACAUGGGUGAAGAACCAUGUCCAGGAGAACCCUGGAAAAUACUACAUCCUAGGCAGUGACACCAUUGUGGACAAGAUGAUGAUCAACAGCCUGAAACGCCAGUCAAAGGAUAUCACAAAGCUAACUGCCAUUUCCCAGCGAGCACCACUUUUCUUGGGAAAGUUUAUUGAGAUUGCUGCCCGCAAGAAGAGGAACUACAUCCUGGAUCAUACCAACCUGUCUGCCCCAGGCCAGAAGAGGAAGAUGUGCUUGUUUGCAGGUUUCCAGCGCAAGGCAGUGGUGGUCUGCCCCUCUGACGACGUUUCUACUCUCUGCCGGAGGAGGGGGAGAGCUUUAAUGAGGUCAUCUAUGCUGAGCUGCAGAAAGAGGAAGCUGCCAAGCUUCUGGAACAGUACAAAGAGGAAAGCAAGACCGCUCUGCCAGCAGAGAAGAAACCCAACCAGGGAAGCACAACACCAAAAAGAGGCGGUGGCCUGCGUGGUGGUGGCCGCGGUGGCAAGAACCAGUUUGGCCGUGGCGGUGGACCUGGACAGAGAGGAGGCGGCCGUGGCGGUUUCCAGAACAGAGGCAACUUCAGAGGAGCUCCUGGUCCUCGCGGUGGCUACAACCGUCCACCUCGUGGCUUCCUGCCUCCCCCAGCAUUCAGAGGAGGAUUCCAUAACCGUGGAAACUUCAACCGGGGUGGUGGCCCCAUUCCCAGCCUGGGCGGAUCCCCCAGGGGUGGCCCAAUGAGGGGUAACAUGGGACCCAGAGGGGGACCCAUGAACAGAGGCGGCCCAAUGCACAGAGGAAACAUGAACAGAGGAGGCGGGGGCAACAUGAGUCGUGGUGGUAACAGGGGACAUCCUGGCCAGUUUCAUCAAAGAGGUGGUAACCGUGGCAACUUUGGCAACAAGAAUGGCAACUUCGGUAACAACAGGAACAGCGGCAACUUUGGUGGCAACAGGAACGGCAUGGACAAGGCCCAAGCCUUCAACCAGAGCUGGCAGCAAGGGUUCUGGAACCAGAAGCCGUGGAGCCAGCAGUAUCAGCCUGGAUAUUACUAAGACACUUGUUCUAACGGACUGGUGGCCGACACUGAGACCCACCGCUAGCCACGGAACAUCCCUCCACCCC